UUUAGAAGAUAUAACAACCUCUCAUCCCUAAUUUUCUCUAUUCCAACCCAAUUAUUCUCCACCAUUAUCCACCCUAAUCAUUUUCACCAUGACAGAAAAACAAUCAAAAUCCAAAAGAAGGAGGAAAAGGAGAAAAAAUCACAAAAAAAUCAAAUAUUAAUUUAUUAUCUUUCUAAAAACACUAUCAUGUUUUAUUCCUUGUUUUGUUCCAAUAAUAAUAAUAAUAAUAAUUUCCUCCAUUGUUAAUUAAUUACUAGAACCAAAAUUUAACUCCCCAUUUCCUUCCUCUUUUGUGAGUACCGCUCCCCAUUUUCUCGAUGGAGGAGCGGGUCCCACCCACCUCUCCGGACGCCGCCCACGGCCACGACCACGACCACGACCGUGACCACCAUCAUCGCACCUCCACCACCACCAACACCAUCAACGACAACGACAACGACAAAAACAACAACAACGACGAGGAGGAUCAAGACGACGAGUUUGAUGAUUUUUAUAAUAUCUACCAUGGGAAAAAUAAUAAUAAUAAUAAUAAUGGUAAUGGUAAUGGUAAUGGUAAUGGCAAUAAUGGUAAUUUUAAUGAAGAUGAGAAAAUGCAAAUUGUCCCUUCCUUAAGAUCACAUGAUAAUGAUGAUGAUGAUGAUAGUAAUUCUAACUCUCAACCACAACCACCUCAUUCUACAUACAUUAUACAAGUCCCUAAGGAUCAAAUCUACCGGGUUCCGCCACCGGAGAACGCCGAGCUUGUCGAAAAGUACCGGAAUCCGGUGCAAAACAACCAAAAGGGGCGGCGCCGGUGUGUGUAUUGGUGUUUGUCGGUUUUCUUUGUGGUUGCGUUUAUUAUUAGUGUUAUUGUUUGUGUUGCUCAUUUUACGUUGAACCCUAAGAAUCCUACGUUCUCUAUCAAACAUGUUGUCAUCAAGCACCCUACUACAACUUCUUCUAAAAAGAACAACGCUCCUCCUCCUAAGUUCCAGGUAUCUAUGGAGACAACAAACCCUAAUAGUGUGAACGAUAUUGAGUACGGAAAAGGAAAUGCAACACUUGAAUACAAAGGAAAGGUGUUAGGGCACGGCUCAUUUCCGGCGUUAGAGAAGGAAGAAUCCGGCAAAGCCGACGCCGAAGACGUGGUUUUCGCGGUGUCGUCGAAAGGUGGUUUGCCUAAAGAGUUAGAGUCGUCAUCCUCCUCUCAUAAUAACCAUCAUAAAAAACCAGUGAAAUUGAACAUGUCAAUGAACAUCCCUCUUAAGUUGAAGACAUGGUUAUUUACCAAGAAAGUUGAUGUUAAGGUUGGUUGCCAAUUUGAGGUUGAUUCCUUUGGAGAUAAUAUCAAAAUUUUAUUACAAAAAUGUGACACCCAUAAUUAAUUAUCACCAAAAUUAAUUAAUUAUGGUGUUUAAUUAUUUAAUUUCGGAAAAUAGAGUUAUUUAUCUCACAUCAACGAAAUUGAUUUCUUUGAGUUGUUGUUGUGUAUAAUUUCAUAUGUCACCUUAUUUGAUAGGUUUAUUAAAAACAUUGAAAAGUCGUAAAUAUGUUUUUUUUAUUAAAAAGGUGCACAAUUAUGAAACAGAGGAUUUGUACAUUUUUUUUUUCCGGUCUUUGUUAUACGUGUUGUAUUGUAAAGGGAAAAAAGGGACUCUUUAGACCAAUGAUUUCCAAUUUGAUUACCGCAA